UGCAAUGCGAACGGCAGAAUGUAAAAAUCACAAGGAAUUUAUAAAUAUGGAAUAAAUAACACUUUUAGCUUUCAUUUAUAUGCUCCUUCUGGAUGCAUAUUCGAAUACAUCGAGUCUUUACGGUUGUAUGCCAAUUUUAGUAGAAUAUCCCUACUAUCGGGAUUCCACAAGACAUGAUUUAGCUGCAUAAAAUUUCUAUGCUGUAACUGAAUUUCGUUGAAAAUGAGUGAUAUGGAGGUCAAUGAGGCCCUGGUCUCCCUUGAGGCCUUGAUGUCGGAGUUUUUUGCACCAACAACAAGCAACCUGAGGAAGCGUGAGAUUGAGACCAUGUUGGAAAACUUCUCCAAACAUAGAGAUUCCUGGAGGCAUUGUUUAUUAUUUCUACAAAAAUCACAGAACCAAUAUGUUUUGAUGUUCACACUGACAACACUUGAGAACAUAAUAAACAGACAAUGGGUUAGCUUGAUGUCAGACGAGGAGAAGACUGAAAUAAGACUGACACUCUGGAACGAGCUGAUGGCAAAGCAUGAGCUAAUGCAGUACUUCAUUAGGAACAAACUUGCGGCACUCAUGGUGUCCAUAGCUCGCUACGACUGGCCACAUCUGUACCCAGAUUUCUUCAGUAACAUUGUGGAGCUUUUACGCUGUUCGGGGCGGCGCUGUCUACUGGGUCUCAUACUAGCGCAAGCGGCCAGUGAAGAGCUCGGCGCGGCGCGCGACACCGGCGUGUUGCUACCCUCGGCGCGACGUUGCCAGCUCGAGCGGCUCAUGCUCAAGGGUGUGCCGCAGAUGCUUGCGGCGUUGAGUGCGAUAUUAGAGAAGAAUGCUCAAAACGAGGGCCACUCCAACCCGCCGCCGUCGCCCACCAGCGGCAUUCCUCAAACGUCGGCGUUACCAGACCUGCUAGUCAACGCACACGACGUUCAUACAGCUGACAAGGCUCUGGACAUGGAGAUAGUAGUGAAAUGUCUGACGACGCUCCAACACCUGUUUUCGUGGCUGCCGCUGUCGUCCCACGUGCCCCCCACUCUAGUCACCACUGUCUUCUACUGGGGCAGCACAGCUACGCAGACACAGAGCAAGGAGGCUGCGCUCGCGGGUCUUGGCGGUGUAUGCGAGCUGCUGUACCGCCGCUACGCGCCGCCGUCGUCGGGCGCCACGGCGCUGCGCCUGCACCACUGCGCGCUGCGGCUGCUGCGCCACCUCACGCACCCGCCCGUGCACACGCCACACGAUUACCUAAACAAGCUGGCGGAGUUUUUGAAGUUGUUUAUAUCGCUACAUUUCAAGAGACUAGAAGCUGAGCCUGAAUUCGAUGCCAUACAAUUCUUGUCCUAUCUGUUCCAAUUCACAUUCCAGGUGCCUGUAUGCACAAUAUUUGUAAAUUGUCUAGAUAUAUGGAUCCAAUUUAUUGAUAUUUUGAAGCCUGAAGAUACAGCUAAAUAUUGGGAAGCACUCCGUGGCCUAGUGGAGGGCAUCCUGAACAAGAUUCAGUUCCAACACAACAAAGCUCAGCUUCAACACUUAGAUAACGAAGUUUAUGAUGACGACGGUGAGACUGAAUGGCAGACAUUCCUGAAACAUUGCAUCGAAUGUAUCGCUCGAGUGGCGGAAUUAGCGCCUCUCGAUGUUUUUACUUGUGUGCUGGAGCGCUGGCAGGGACUGGCGGGAGUGCACGCGCGCGCGGCCGGGCGGGGCGGUGGUGGUGGCGGCGGCGGCGCGGCGGGCGGCGCGGCGGACGGCGAGCGCCUGCUGUGCGCGCUGCUCGACCUGGCCACGCUCACGCGCGUCGCGGGCCGGCUGGCUCCAGCUCUACUGGCAGAGCCGUGUCGUACAGCGCACGGCGCGGACAGCGCAGCGGCACGGGCGGCGGCGGGCGCGGCGCUGGUGGAGCGCGUGGCGGCCGCGCUGGGCGGCGCCGCGCUCACUCGCCCGCACCGCGCCGCGCACGCACACGCUCACGCUCAUGUACAAGUACACGCGGAGAUGUUCGCCUGCAUGGGCGCGUGGUGCGUCCACGCCGCGGCAUGCGGCGUACCGCAGCACACAGUAGAGGGGUUAUUAGCCGCCGCCGUGCCUUUCCUGUUGCCCCACGAACUGCCAGAGCCGCCGUUACUCUGCCACGCGGCAGCGCACUUACUACUGAGCCUGUCCAAGAACGUCAAGUUCACGGGUGACCCGGUGGCGCAGGCCGGCGAUCUCUUCCAACACGCGCAGCGCUCGCUGCAUUAUCUCGAACCAAAGACUGCAGGUGUGGUCCGCGAGGCGCUGCUCUGGCUGUGCCUGUCUCGCCUGGGGCCGGGCGGGCUGGGCGCGGGCGCGGAGGCGGCGCGCGCGCUGCUGGCGGCGUGGACGGCGCCGCUGCCGCUCGCCGGGCCCGCCGCCGCGCUGCCGCCGCUCACCGCGCUACUACACGCCAACGCGCAUGCUAACACACAGGCUAAGAAGGUGAUAGCAGAGGGCAUGGGCGGUGCGGCGGAGACGGCGCUCCGCAUGCUUUGCGAGCCGUCGUGCGCGAGCGCCGAGCCCGAGAUCACGGAGUUUUUCCUGGCGCUGUUCACCGCGCUGUUACCGCAGCUCGGCGCCUUCGCCUACACCGCCAUCGACGUGUUCCUCGACGUGGCGCAGAGAGGUGGCGGCGAGAACGGUCUGGAGCGCCUAGUGGAGUGCGUGCGGCUGGGCGUGGAGGCGGGCGGCGGGUGUGGCGGCGGCGGCGUGCGCGAGGCGGCCGUGCUGGCGCUGCUGCAGCAGCACGCGCUGCCCCGCGCCACGCUCCACGCGCCCGGCCUGGCGCGCGCCGCGCACCGUCUGCUGGCCAGUUUGCUCAUCCACCGCUGGCGCUACUUUUUCCCCACAAAAUGCGUGGGCGAGGAAGAGGAGAGACUGCAACAGUUCCGCGGCGCGCUCUCGGCGCUGGGCCGCGCUCUAUUGCAGCCCGACAUAGAGCUGCUCCGGAUCAACAUUAAUGCGCUAGAGACACUUAAUACGAAGUGGAAACUGUAUCACAAGCCAAUAUUCCGUUCGGAGUUCCUCGGCGAGUUCCUGUCCGUACUCUUGGCGGGGUUGGGCGAGGGCGGCGCACGCGCGCUUCUGCGGGACGAAGCACUGGCCGCCGCGCACGCCAUGGCCUGCGUCGACUUCAACGCCUUCCGCCUCGCCUUCCUGCCGCAUUUCCUGCGCGCGCUGCCCGGCCUGGCGCCCGACCACCUCAAUCAACUGCAGCAGUUCCCUCCAGAUACGGACCUACCGACGUUCACACAAAACAUCCAACGGCUGAUGAACGACGUGAACUGCUACCGCGCGUACAACGCUCUGUCGGGCGCGCCCAGCGACAUGCUGUCCUAGCGCCCGAUCGACUUCAGCGGUCUGCAGGAAAUCGUCGAGAACAUACAACUGCUGUGUGUAACUGUUGCUGUGGCACCGGACAGUCCGGACAGGGGGUAUUGCAUAAUUUACUAAGCAUCUGCGAGUCGCGAACAAGGCGACUUGCUAACCUAGCGACCGACCGAUGACACACACAACCAACGUGACCGGUUUGCAGGAAAUCGUCGAGAACAUACAGCUGGUAUGUGUGUCAUGGUUGCCAUGGCGCCGGACAGUCCAGACAGGGGUAUUGCCUAGUGUUCCUUAAACAUCUACGUAUCGGCAACAACGUGCUGUCAUAGCGCUCAAACGUGGUUUCCGUGACACCGGACAGAGGCAAUGCCUAAAACUUACGAAGCAUCUAGUCAGCAGUCACGUACUACGCUACAUGCUACGAGUAUCCUAGCAAACUUGGCCUAACCGUACCGGAUGAGAAUUCCGAUCAGGCAGGCACGCAUGGUCGCGCGAUAAAUGAUAAAACAUCAGCACUUACAAAUAGUGCGAUAGGGACGACCUGAUGUUUUAUCAUUUAUCUCGCAGCUAUGCUUAUACGCCUGGAGUGAAUGUUCUAGAUACUUCAGAUAUGUUAGUCUCAGCCUCCGCUCGCCAACAAGAUUGAAAGCAGGAAUUGGAUUUCAUUCUAAUGUAUUUUACGUUUGUAAAAUAGUCUGGGCUGUCCUUUACUUUUCCUCGGGGAUCUGUUUCAUAUAGAACAUAGUCUGAUAAUCGUAGUAAUUUCCUCUAGGAAAUUCCGAACAAUGUCAGCAAAUAUUUUAUAUGAGGCAACAGGGUAGUUAGGUUCUAGAACUGCCAAUAAUAAAAUAGUAUAAGUCAUAAGUCUCAUGCAUGUUUGUUUGAUAGGUAUGAUUGCAGUUGAGUUACGCAUAUUUAGAAAAAUAUGCCACUAAAUUUAUUUAUAGUGCAUUUACGUGUCAUUUUUGGUAUCAAUUUAUAGUUACUAGUCAUAAAGGUUUAGAUUUUGUUUAUUUUACUGAUCAUAAAUUGGCUCUGUAAUUGUUAAAAAAUAAUUGGUAAAAAAAUUACGAUGAUUCUUUUUGUUAGGUUUUUGAUGUUCCUUUUAGUUUACAAUUCUAUGGCAUUUAAAAAGGUAAUAAAUAUGAAUCUGUCAUUUAAAAAUAUAUAUGGUUCCUUGUCGAACUGAAAUACAUACGUAUAAGGGUUGGCUGUACUUAUUGGGAUGCCAUUAUAAGUGUGAUAUUUGUACAGGUGGGUAAUGUUUUCGUUUGUUAAUACGUAUGGUUUACGAUAUAUAUUUAAAGAGGGCUUGUACAAAAUGGGUAAGAAGAAAUGAGCAUUAUGCUUGCGCUGAUCAUUUAAGAAAUACGUUAUUUAUAGAACUACUCAAUAAUUAUGUGGUGUCCUAAAGGUUAUGUCAGAUAUUAAUGUAAAGGUUAAUUCACGAGCUAACUCUUUGAAAUUGACUCUUUAUAUGUGAUUAUUGUUUCCAUUUCACAAAAUUUUAGUUUGCUCAUAUUUGUUUUAUUUUGGUUCUAAAAGUGAAUUUGGGAUAUGGGACUGGGUGCUUGAUUUUAGUUUGUUGUUAUUAGUUUUUUUCCUGUGUUUUUUUGUCUUGUUGUUCGUUCAUUCACAAAGGUGAAAGAAUUAGUGCUCUUUAGAAUCAUUUACGAAAAAUUGACUUUCGUGCACCUUAUAAUUGGCACAAUUUUGCAUUUGCAUAUGUGACCAUUAUUUUAAAAUAACUAUAGGUAACAAAAAGAUAAAUAUUUACUUCGUUAAAGUGUUUUAUAUGAAAUCGAUUUUUAGGACGACACUCCAUUUUAAUUUUUGCAUUUUGUUAGUGCAUUUUUCCUAUACAGUGGGUGCAAUAUUAUGCUAGCAAAAUAAAUAAAUAAAAUAAUACAUAUUUGGUUUAAGUGACAACUUGACAAACGUUUAAUCAAGGUGACGUAGGGUUUACAAAUUUGAAUUAUUUUAAUGUUAUUAGAUGUAAGGUUCUAUUAUAGUUAUACAAACAAUAAAGUAAGUGUGAGCAUAAU